AUGGCAAAGACAAUGUUCGAUAUGGUCAGCACAGUUACAUUGGAGAACCCCGGGGUGUCCUACCGGGUCUUGUUCGCUACAGAACGACAAGCACAGAUUAUUGGGAACAACCCUGACACUCUUGAGAAGUUGGCUGAGCAGUUUCGCAUCGAGGAAGGUGCACAGCCCAAGGUAGUAAUCAACUUGCUUACGUCCCUGGGUACCUCACAGCUUCGAGAAAAGCAUAAAAAAGAUCCUAAUGAAGAUGUGGAGCACCGGUUGGACAUGUUCAUGCGGCAUGUUUUGCUGCCCAUUGCCGAGCAGACGAACGCUCUGGUCUUAUGUGAUGCGAUUGCGGACCGAUGUUUGCUUGCAGAUUCCUUCGUUCGGAUGUGUCGGGUCAGACACGCUGCUUGGAAAAAGAAGAUGCCCUUUACGCUGCUGGGUUUCACAACGAUGAAUGAACUGGAUAAAAGGUCCAAAGGUCGCUUCUGGAGAGAGCUGAUGGAGAAAUGUAAAGGAUCUUGGGAGGAAGAAUGGACGAGGUACAACAAGAAUCGCACAAAGGACCUGGACAAGAGCAUCCACACCGGGACCGUUGGAGUCGGGGAUAUCCAGCCUCUCGUGUCCAACUUGAUCAUCGCUGGAGGCUUCGAGAGCAGCAGCAACAGUCGCGCUGCGGCCGCGACCUUGAAGACGGCCUUGGUCUCACAUCUCGGCGCGACCAUACCAUCUGUAGCUUUCAAGACAGGCAUGUCCGAUCUUUCGUAUCUGAAACAAACCACUGAAUCUGGUCUGGAGACUGCGGUGAAUGCCAUCCAGCAACAGACGUCGGUUGUUUUUUUGGAUCUGUUCCACAGAAACAAGCUGCAGCUCGAGGACCUGCAAAUACACAGACAGGAUUUCGCAAAUGCCGGUGAGGACCGUGAUGAUGCGUAUUUGAGGAGAGUUGAAGCCGGGAUGCUCAAGCGCCACACAACUCAGGAGAAUGCCAAGAAAACCAGCUUCUUCGAUGCAUGUGCGAUUGCAAAGCUUCAUUCGAGGUACAAGAAACUCAUCGGAGAGUCCAAAAAGCCGCAACGGAAAUAUGCACUCUGGCAGGCAAUGUGCUUGGAGGAGCGCAACCGCGAAACGCGAGAUAUAGAUGGAGUCCGGCAAGCUCGUUCCGUGUUGUACAAAGUGUUCCAAGAGCAGACAAAAGAGAUGGGAGUUGUCUUUGCAGCUGGCUGGCAAAAUUCCAUCAUCAAGCCGGCUGCCGUUUUGAAGGACGAUGAAGACCACGGAGCCGAGGCAGAGACUGAUGGAGCAUCAGACGAUAAACUCCUGAAGGAUGAACAUGAAGAAUCGACGACGUAUGCUUUCGUCGCGCGAUCUACGGAACUUGUGACUUCAGAUUUCUUCACAUCGCUCAACAUUUGGCGAUGUCAAAGCACUCUGGAGAGGAACAUCUACGGAAUCCUGACGAGGAGCAGACUGCCGCCUCAACACAAUCUCGAGGCGCUCCGGCUGAUGCGUGAUGCCUGGACCGAGUAUGACGUGGCGAAACACUUGGCAACGUACUAUAGUUUUCUGAGCCGGCUGUGGUAUUUCAGCCAGAUUCUGUGCGGGCUGUUUACUAUCAUGGCCAGUGUUACAGGGCGAACUUUGGAGGUGGAGGAGUUCUACGUUUCGUUGUUAAACUUUAGCCUAUCUUUGUUCUGCACCACCCUCAUCUCCCUCCAUGCCUUUGCCAAUCCCACAACCCGUUGGCACAAAUUGCGUUGUGCAGCAGCGGAACUGGAGAGUUUGAUAUGGCUUUUUCGGACCAAGUGCAGGCUUUUCGAGUUGGAUGACAUAGACUCCGUAUCCAACUCAGUCACCCUGUUUCGGGAGCAGCUGAACGAAUGGCGUAAAAACGUCGUUCGAGGAACGGACUUGCAUCGAUCCGAUUUCCAAAAGAAGUGGAAACAUGAAAAGUUAACAAGGGGACAGCACGCAAAGAGCGACAUAUACUGCGACAAGGACUGCCAGUUUCAGAAGCUACCAGAUGAGGACAUGGAUGAGGACGAUGAAGGCAUAGUUAGAACCACAAAGCAAGGAGCAGAUGGGGACCUCCAUGACCAGUCUUCGCAUUCUCCGAAUUCUUCGCCAGUCGCUGCGAAGACGACAAGUCGUUGUUGCAGUGGUUUUGUGAAGCGUUUGUGUUGCGGCCGCAAGUUCAAGCCCGCAGGGCCCUCAACCCAAGAGGUCAAGCCCGCAGGGGCCUCACCCAAAGAGGAUGUUGAAGAAUGGGACCCCAAGACCGAGCAUGAACAGGGUGACAAGAGCCAAGCCAGUGAUGCGGAGGCACCGUCGACAAAGAAACAGGUAAUGGAAGCUAAGUUGGAGGCUUGGCAGGAUGACCACCACAGCCCGGCCAAUGCUGACGAAUAUAUCCGGUGGCGUUUGCAGGCAAUGAAGCGGUUUUACGAGAAGCGUCUUCCUGCAUAUGCUCGGUAUCAUCGGUUUUUCUUCGCCAUGACGCUGCUUGGAUCGAUGGGCUGCUCCGUGUUUGCCUACAUCGCGUUUAACUCUUGGGUUGUAGUUGCGGCUUCAUUGAGCACUGCGGCAUCUUCCUGGAUGGAGUUCUCCAACGUUUUGCAGAACAUUCAGCGCUACUCCGACACCAUACAGGAGUUGAAGAAGCUGGAGGCUUGGUGGGAGAGCCUUCCGCCCAUGGAGAAGGCUUCCAAAGAAAAUCUAAACCUUUUGGUCUGUACAUCCGAAGACUUAAUCUGCUCCGAGUGCCGGUCCUGGGCACAGUCCAUGCAGAAGACGGCGCAGGAACUGAUCAACCGAAAGAUGGCACAGAGCAAGCACGAAUGA